AUGGCUGCUUCGCCACUGAUAUCCCCACCUCGAACAUACGCGGGAGACGCUGCUCCUCGUAGUUCGGGUAUUGCUAGACUUCCAUUUUCUUCGGCAUCGGUUGCGUUCAUGUCGAGAAAGUCUGAUGCUUCUAGGAAGAAGGCGGCGUCGAACGGGGAGUGGAGUGAUCAAUGCUGUCAGGCUGACAUAGUCGGCAAAGUGAUGUGGUUAAUGCGGGAUGGACAACCACUGUUCUACACGUAA